CGCCGCAGUGACAGCUCCGCCCGCGCCCAGUCGGGCCCAGCCCAGCCCAGCCGCGCAGCCAAAGCAGGAGCGGGGCGGGGGGGGCGGCCAUGGCCGACGACUUCGGCUUCUUUUCCUCGUCCGAGGGCGCCGGCGCCGAGGAGGAUCCGGCCGCCGCCUUUCUGGCCCAGCAGGAGAGCGAGAUCGCGGGCAUCGAGAACGACGAAGGUUUCGGGCCGACCGACGGUGAAGCGGCCGCCGCCCCGGCCGGGCAAGCGGCCCCGCCGGAACCGGCUGGUUUCCAGAAUGGAGGAGCUGCUGUCAAUGGAGAUGUCUUUCAGGAGUCCAAUGGCCCCACGGAUGCCUAUGCAGCCAUAGCCAAGGCUGAUCGGCUGACCCAGGAACCGGAGAGCAUCCGCAAGUGGAGGGAGGAGCAGAAGAAGCGCCUGGAGGAGCUGGAUGCGGCAUCGAAGGUGACUGAGCAGGAAUGGCGUGAGAAGGCCAAAAAGGACCUGGAGGAGUGGAACCUGCGUCAGAAUGAGCAGGUGGAGAAGAACCGGGCAAACAACAGGAUCGCUGACAAAGCCUUUUACCAGCAGCCGGACGCCGAUGUCAUUGGCUAUGUGGCCUCGGAGGAAGCAUUCCUGAAGGAGUCCAAGGAAGAAACCCCAGGCUCUGAGUGGGAGAAGGUGGCCCAGCUCUGUGAUUUCAACCCCAAGAGCAGCAAGCAGAGCAAGGAUGUCUCUCGGAUGCGCUCGGUGCUCAUCUCCCUCAAACAGACACCCCUGUCCCGCUAGCUGCUGGCUGGCACAGCUGGGGGCACAGCAGGGCAAGGCCGGGCUCACCCAGCUGGGUGGCUUCCUGUGGCCAGCCAGAGGGGCUUCAUCCUGCCUGCACCUUCCUCCUUGGCUGUGCUUGAGUUGUAACUCUCCCCAUGGUUUUCCUUUGCUUAAAAGGUGCAUUGGUCUCUUUUCACACUUAUUUAUUACUGUGGCAUUUCCCCAGGAGGUGACAAUGGGUGGCAGAGGUGAGUUUAGGGGGGCAGCCCCUGGCCUUGGCUCUGCAGGGUGGGUCCUGUCCAGGGUCUUCACUGAGUGAGAGGGGAAACACCCAGCCUGCUGUUCCCCUCCGUAUCCCUGCACCUAGAAUAAGCCUGCCUGCAGCUGCCCUGGCACUGAGCAGCUGCAGCCAUGGCAGCCCCAUGUCCUAGCCACAAGGCAGGGGCCCCAGUGGCACCCUGGGCUCCCAUCCACCUUUUCAGUGAGGUUUAAACCAGAGCUGGCAGCAUGGAUGGGAGGGUGGAGGGAACAACCCUGACUCCACUGGGUCCUGCAGGGAGCACAGCCACACUGUAAUGCUGCCAGGCUAGUGGGGUCUGAGGAAUGUGAGUGCAGGCACCAGGCUGGGCCAAAACUGCCCCAAGCCCAGCAGAACUCUCCCCAGCCUGGCUGUGAGCUCCAAAAAGCUGGUGAGGCUCAGAGCAGUACUUUCAGUGUCUUGUGUCCCAUCCAUCCAUGUAGCCAAACAGGAUGUUUUCUGUCCUUCCCCCAAGAAUAUCAGCAGUUGGGGCUGUGGUGUCAUAGGCUUUGGAGGCCCUUGGCUCUGCUCUUUCCCUGGCUAGUGAGAGGGGAGACAGAGGCUGUUAGGUUGCAGGGCAGCAGGCAGGAAGGUCCAGCUGCUGUGAGGCAGGGUGAGCUCCCAGCUUCCUAACCCAUAGGUCCAGGGCAGGAUCAGGCAGUUCUUGUGCUGGGGCUUGUCCUGUCCCUGGAGAACAAUGUGCACAUCUGCCUGCAGUUGCUCUGUGGCUUCUCUCUGCCCCCCCAAAGUAUUUGCACACCUAAGGCAACCUAGGGAGAUGCUCCAGUCCCAUUCCCCACCCAGCAAGGCAACAGCUUUCCAGCCCAAACACCAUCUUACUCCUGCUGGGUGGGGCCAGCACCAGCUCCUCUGGCUUGGAGGCCCAGCCCUGGAGAUCUGCAGAAAUUUUGGGUAGUGGGGUGAGCUUGUGUGCACCCUGCUGUGGGGCAGCCUUGAGCUUCUGCCCUGGGUCUGACCCUCCAGGGGCUUGGGAAGGGUUUGCAGCAGCAGCCUGGGGGGACACAAAGCAAAGGCUGCAAAAUGUGUGUCCAGGCCUCGUGGCAGAGCCCUGCUCAACUGCGUGCAGAGCUCUCCUGUUCUGCAGCUAUGGCUCCACGGGUCAGGAAGUUCACCUGCCCUCCUACAGGCUUCUUGGGGUGAGUGGGCACCCCAGGCUCUGGGGUAGAAAAGGAAAAUAAGUGUGUCAGGAGUCACUCGGUGCUGGGGUUGGCCUUGUCCAUAAGGCUGAUGGCUCCUGCUCUGUCCCCCUGACCUCCAGCAUGUGUAGGCAGCUCUGCUGUGGUGCAGGAUGGAUGCCAAUGUGAGAUACCUUGGGAUUUGGCUGCCUGCGUCUGCCUUUCACUGCAGAGCAGCAGGAAGAGCCUCUGGCUGCUUCCUGAGGACAGGGAACUCCCCUGCACUCUGUCCCUUCAGCUCCCACCAGCAGCCAGACCCCUGAAUUCCCCAGAUGCUGUGCACCCAAUGUCAGGCAGGGGCAACUCCCGGGGAGCUGUGCCCACAGCUGUUUUACAUCCCCUCAGCUUUGGUACCUGUCACUGUUCAAAUUACCUGUUACAAUAAACCAACAUCUCCAAUCCUA